UUUGAGGCCACUUCACCAGCAGCAGCAGCAGGCGCACAUCAGGAGAAACCCAGGCCAGGCUCCCCUCCACGGGCAGCGACAACACCACCAUGUCUACCGCUCACUUCAACCGGGGCCCCGCUUAUGGACUAUCAGCUGAGGUCAAGAACAAGCUGGCCCAGAAGUAUGAUCCCCGACGGGAGCAGGAGCUUCGGGCAUGGAUUGAGGAGGUUACUGGAAGACGCAUAGGUCCCAACUUUAUGGAUGGUCUCAAGGAUGGAAUUAUCCUCUGCGAGUUUAUCAAUAAACUGCAGCCCGGCUCAGUAAGGAAGGUGAAUGAGUCCACCCAGAACUGGCACCAGUUGGAAAAUAUCGGGAACUUCAUCAAAGCCAUCACCAAAUACGGAGUGAAGCCUCAUGACAUCUUCGAGGCCAAUGAUUUGUUUGAGAAUACAAACCACACACAGGUGCAGUCCACUCUCAUUGCCCUGGCCAGCGUGGCCAAGACAAAAGGGAACAAGGUGAAUAUGGGAGUGAAAUAUGCAGAGAAGCAGGAAAGAAAGUUUCAGCCAGAAAAGCUGAAAGAAGGGCGGAACAUUAUAGGCCUGCAGAUGGGCACGAACAAGUUUGCCAGCCAGCAAGGAAUGACAGCAUAUGGUACCCGCCGCCACCUCUAUGACCCCAAACUGGGCACUGAUCAGCCCUUGGACCAGGCUACAAUUAGUCUGCAGAUGGGCACCAACAAAGGUGCCAGCCAGGCAGGCAUGACAGCCCCUGGGACCAAGCGGCAGAUCUUUGAGCCAACUCUGGGCAUGGAGCACUGUGACACACUCAACGUUAGCCUGCAGAUGGGCAGCAACAAGGGGGCAUCCCAGAGUGGCAUGACGGUGUACGGCCUGCCUCGCCAGGUGUAUGAUCCCAAGUAUUGCCUGACCCCUGAGUACCCGGAGUUGGGUGAUGAGCCCACUCACAAUCAUCACUCACACAACUACUACAACUCUGCGUAGGGGCCAACCCAGAACCCCAGGGGGGGAGUCAGCAGCUGCUCUAGGGGCCUGAAGAAUGGCCAGGCCCAACCUGCCUUACCACCAUGCCUCAAGGGUGUAUCCUUCCAGCCAGGGUGCAUAGUCUGGGGGACAUUAGGGUUGGGGGAGUGGGCUGUGGGAGCCAGGAGAAGGGGGAGACAGAGGGAGAAAUAAGGAGGCUCUCUCCUCCUUCCCCUGCCCCUUAGAUCCCCUGCAAAAAACCUCACCCUGAGCCUGCUGCAUUCUUGAGUCUGCUUUCCACCCUGCCUCUAGCUCAGGGCUAAGGCCCCAUUCCCUCGGAGGUCAGUGUAGGAGUAAGGAGGUCUCUUCCUAGGGGUGGAGGUGAAACCUCAAAUAUACCAAAUAGAACAAGGCUGGACAAUACCCCCAACAGAAAAGCCUCAAGAAAUCCAAACUACUGAGUGGAAAUGAAAUUGCUGUACGUCUCCCUUGUCCUGAGGACUCCCCCUCCUUGUCCCAUCCUGACAGCCCUGACCCCCCAAGCAAACUUGUCUCGGACUUUUCCCUUCCCAACCCCCAGCGCAGUGAGCACAAACUGCAUGCCAAAAGGCCAAGCGGGCACACUCGGUUUUGCAUUUUUGCGUUGACUGGCAUUCCUGAAGGCAUUUGUUAAGUGAGCACUUUCUUUUUUAAAUUUCACUGGAGCACAAUAAAAAUCUACAAAAACCACUAUUAGCUCCCAAAGCCUACUCCGUUUCUAGCUCCAGCAUCCUACAGGCCCCUGCAUUUACCUUGUCUCUUUCCUUCCCCAUCCACCCCCAAGCAGGAGAGAAUAUCACCAAAUGUCCUAGUCUGUGUAUUUGAUGUGGGAAUUGGGGGUGGGGAGGGACUAUGAGAUCUGAAGUCAAAGGAUCUGAAUUUGAAUCUUAGACCUCACUGUAUGACUUUGGUUAAGUCAUUUUAC